CUUCACCAUCGCAGCAAGCAUAAACAAACAUCGAAUUUCACCCCUCUCUUUUGCAUUUUCACAGAAUCAAUACAUAUACAUAUAGAGUUUACUAUGGAAAGACCUUCCCUCACCCAUCAUGACCGCCUCUACGUCGCAUGAGAUCUAUCUUCCCACGGAGAUAGUCGUGCAGAUUAUGUCCUAUGUCUCCAACACUUCAGAUAAAGCAGAUCGUCGACAAGCAACUCUCUACGCAUGCUGCCUCGUUUCGCGACAGUGGUACUCUGCCGCCAUUCCACAUCUCUAUGAAAAACCUAUAUUGCGCUUCGGUUCCUCGUUCACCCAAUUCACAGCCACCAUCAGCCCCCCGCUCCAUGUAGCGCGCAAAAACAAGGUGAAGCUCGGCUCAUAUGUGCGCCGACUCGAUCUGAGCGGCCUCGUCCAUCACAGCUCUCCCAGCCUAACAGCCAGACUCCUGGGCAAAGUCAAAGAGAAUCUGGUCGUCUUCUCUGCACCGCGUGUAUCCUUUGCAAUCAACAGCCUCCCCGCCCUCUCCAAAUGCACCAAACUGCAAAGCCUCGACCUCUCCCUCGUGGGCGACUCCUUCCCCUUCCUCGAAUUCAAACGCGCCCUCAGCCACCUGACCAGACUCACAACCCUCCGCCUCCCGCGAACCCACCACCUCACCCCUCCGCCGGCAUCCACCCCUCCCUCCACAGCCACAUCCGCAAUUCCCUGGCCGCCGCGCCUCCAGAACCUCCAGCUCACCGGCGACUUCAGCGCCAACCCGGCCCUAGCGCGCUACUUCAGCUGGCCGCCGGCGCUGACGAGCCUCAUCCUGAAGAACUGCAAGGACCUCGACAACUCGCCGCUGACGACGCUCCUCCUUACCGACCCGGCCCUGCCCACCACCCUCCGCCGCCUCAAGAUCGACCCCUCCAACAGCCUCUCGCUCACCUUCGUCAACCGCCUCCCGCUCACCCUGCCCGACCUCGACUACCUCAGCGUCCCCGGCGACACCCUCGACUUCACCUUCUUCGAGAACCUGGACGAGCGCGUGCAGCUCCUCCGCGAACCCGUCGCCUGGCGCACGCUGGAGCUCGACCACCCUUGCUCCGAGGACACCGCCGCCAGUCUCAUGUACUUCACGCCGGGGACGCUCGUGCACGCGCUGCAGCACGGGCUGGCCCAUGUGCGGGCCGUGGGGAUCUCCGAGGCGUGGGAGUUGAAGGGAGGGGAGGUCGAGGAGAUCGAUGCGGUGUUGCGCAGUCGGUUUUCCAAGAAAUCAAAAAACCAGCAGCAGAUUGGCCAGAUUGGUGUCGGGGGGAUUCCGUCGCCACCUACAUCUGCCGAUGAGGAUGAAUCUGUUGAUGAGGACGACGAUGACGACGAUGAUAUCGGUGUCUACUACCUUUGAAAACAAAAACCCACUCUCCCUCCUCUCCUCUCCGAACAUAAAGUUCAAGACCUUCUCCCGGUACAAUCCUCUUCAACACAUGAUAUGUUCAUCUUUCUCAAAACUCCAUGACCCUGCACACGAAGCUCGAUACAUGAUAUCUACAAUAUAUACCCAAACCCCACACUACAACCCAAACACACUCAACAUCACAAACAAACCUAUCUUAUACUACAAACCCAACCCAACAAACCAAGAACAAACACCCCCCAAAGAAAAGACGAAGAACCACAAUCCCAUCCCCCCCUCCCCCCAAAAAAAACACCACACUUCCAUCGAAACCCCUUCAUCACCCGCCGUCCAUAUCUUCUGUCAGCAUUCGCUUACCCUCUAUUCGACCC